AAAAAACCGUGCAACAAAUACCUCUAACUCGAACUCAUAAAUCAUAAUCUCAAAUUUUGAGGUAUAAGUACCAUUAACCUUCUGGCUCUAGGCGUCACACACUCACACUGUCACACAUACUAGUUUUAUUUUGUUUUAACUUAAACAAAUAGUAAGAAUUUUCGAAAUUACUUGAAGUCCAAAACCCUAAACCCUCUUUCAUCUUCCUCCUUUUCCUCGGUUGAGCUCCAAAUCUCUCUCCCUCUCUCCUCGAAAGCUCAGCCAUGGCGGAGAUAAAGCUCUCAGAGAUGCGCGACCUGACGCGAAUUGAAAGAAUCGGCGCCCAUUCCCACAUCCGCGGCCUCGGCCUCGACUCCGCCCUCGAGGCCCGCUCCUCCUCCGAGGGCAUGGUGGGCCAGACCUCAGCCCGUAAAGCCGCCGGCGUCAUCGUCAAGAUGGUCCAGGAAGGCAAAAUCGCCGGCCGGGCAGUCCUCCUCGCCGGUCAGCCCGGUACGGGCAAAACCGCCAUCGCCAUGGGCAUGGCUAAAUCCAUCGGGCAGGAAACCCCCUUCGCUAUGCUCGCCGGCAGCGAGCUCUUCUCGCUGGAGAUGUCGAAAACCGAGGCCCUAAUGCAGGCCUUCAGGAAGGCGAUUGGGGUCAGAAUCAAGGAGGAGACGGAGGUGAUCGAGGGCGAGGUCGUGGAGAUACAGAUUGACCGGCCGGCUGUUGCCGGGGCGGCGUCGAAGACGGGGAAGCUCACGCUCAAGACGACGGAUAUGGAGACGGUGUACGACUUGGGCGGGAAGAUGAUUGAAGCCCUGGGGAAGGAGAAAGUGCAGAGUGGUGAUGUGAUUGGGAUUGACAAGGCUUCGGGGAAGAUCACCAAGCUCGGGAGGUCUUUCUCGAGGUCGAGGGAUUACGAUGCAAUGGGGCCUCAGACGAAGUUCGUGCAGUGCCCCGAUGGUGAGCUGCAGAAGAGGAAGGAAGUGGUGCAUUGCGUUACGCUUCAUGAGAUUGAUGUUAUCAACAGCAGAACGCAGGGAUUUCUGGCUCUGUUUACGGGCGACACUGGCGAAAUCCGUGCAGAAGUUAGGGAACAAAUCGACACAAAGGUAGCAGAGUGGAGAGAGGAAGGAAAAGCAGAAAUCAUACCGGGUGUCCUCUUCAUUGACGAAGUACACAUGCUCGACAUCGAGUGCUUCUCGUUUCUGAAUCGUGCAUUGGAGAACGACAUGGCGCCUAUACUAGUGGUGGCCACCAACAGGGGAAUCACUUCCAUCAGGGGCACGAACUACAGGUCCCCACACGGCAUCCCAAUUGAUUUUCUCGACCGCCUGCUCAUCAUCUCCACGCAGCCCUACACAGCAGAGGACAUUCGGAAGAUCUUGGACAUCAGAUGCCAAGAGGAAGACGUGGAGAUGUCCGAAGACGCUAAGUUGCUGCUCACAAAGAUCGGUGAAGACACAUCGCUGAGAUAUGCGAUAAAUCUCAUCACCUCUGCCGCGCUGUCUUGCCUGAAGAGGAAGGGGAAGGUUGUGGAGAUGGAAGAUAUAAGCCGCGUGUACGAGCUCUUCUACGACGUGAAGAGGUCGACGCAGUACUUGAUGGAAUAUCAAAGCCAGUAUAUGUUCAGUGAGGUGGGAACAGGAGAGGGAUACGAAGAGGAUGAAGCCAAUGCAAUGGUUGCAUAAGGAGUCUUUGUUUUUUUAAACACAAAAUGGUAUAUUUGUGUUCUUCAAUUAUGGAAAUGUUAAUUCUACUGUUAGUGAAUCUUUUGUAGCAGUCAUUUUUGUGCUUCAAAUUUGUAGGCUUUUGCUGCGUGUUGUUUUGAAGGGGAUGUGAGGUGUAACCAUGAUUUGCUUAAAAUUAAAAU